AUGGCAACAUCGCCGAAGAGUAUUAUGACACCAGCGCAUGCUCAUCAUAAGAAUCACGUCAAAUUUGGCGAAGACGUUAAACCAGAAGCGGAAUCAAAACCACGACCCGUAUCUCCAGCACCGCCACCAUCUGAGAUCACUGUUCCACCACCAGCAGUGCCGUGUAAAAUCAAGGACGAAGUCGAAUUACUACGUGCUGGACUCGUGAACAAACACGGUGAUCAUUUAAAGACACAUCAUGCUACGGAGAAAUAA